AUGCCUUACGUCACAUUAAACGAGAUCAAUAAGCUAUCCAUGCUACGGGCCUUGGAAAGCGAGCGAUAUCUUAGUGUUAGUUUCCAUUCAUGGGAUCUGUACGAGUACCCCAUGUUGCAGAGCACGACCAAGCAUUCGUGGGCCGUCAAAACGGCGACUCAGCUGGAGAAGCAGCGGUACAUUAUCUUUGUGCUGCAGACCGGGCGCAAGAAUAUCAUGUCGCAAGAUGUUAGCAUAUUUGAUGACUGUAACUUGACCAACGUGAAACUUUAUCUAAACUCUGAAUUUUAUCCGUACGAUGACAUGAACCUGGAUUUUGGCAAAAAUCAAUACGCCGUCCUUUUUGAUAUGUAUGCGCGUUUUCGUAAAGCUUAUUACGGAUGCGACUUCGAUACGCUUUGCACCGUGGUUACAUUCCUGACAAAAGGACCUUUUGUUGUCAUUGAUUGCUCGCGACAAAACGAAUCUGUCAAGAGCGCCACCGUAGAUGUGCGAAUAGAAUUUGACUGUAAAGAGAAUGUACCGGCAAAUACUACCGCCUAUUGUCUCAUCUUGCAUGAUCGCGUAAUCGAAUACUGUCCGUUGUCGAACGUAGUGCGCAAAAUCAUGUAA